AUGGCUGCGGCUCCGAAGCGCGUGGCGGGAGGCUGCCAUGGCGACCGCGCCGCGCUGGGCUCGCCUGUUUCGCGCGCCUCGGCCACCGCAAUGGAGCAAGGACGCCUCUCUCGGUCGGGCCGGCGGCAAGGCGGGAGUCCGGCUCCUACCUCGGCCGGCACCAAGCCCGCCUUCGCCAAGAGCGCCGGGGCGGAGGACUCGGCCGAGGCCGACCUCGAAGCCGCCGUCUCCAAGCUCGUCUGCAAAGUGGGGCGCGUUCAGACGGAGGCGCGCACGUAUCUGCACUCGGCCAUAGGCUGCGAGCGGGCCAAGCGCUGGCGGGAGGCAAUUGAAUACUAUAGAAAGCUGCUAUCUUCCUUGAGCAAAAUGAAGUUUCCUGCAGAAUAUGUUCCUGGUCAUAGCUGUAUACGGCUGGUUUUUGAAACCUAUUAUCAUCUAGGUGUUGCUCUCCAAAAAUUAGAUUUGCACCAUGAUGCUUUGGAAGCCUUUACUAAUGCAAUAGAAGCUGCAAAUGUCCCCAAGAGUGUCUGUCAUGUCGGCUGUGUUUCUGGCUCUUACUACCAGACACCUGCGUUUGCGAGGAGAACUUACGCCUAUGUAAAAUGCGGCAAAAUCAAAAAAGCAAUAUGUGAUGCUACAAGAGCUGUGGAUUUAGACCCCAUGAAUCCUGAUGUGUACUGUAUCAGAGCUCUUGCAUGGAGCUCAGCAAAAGAAAAAAUGAGGGCCCUUACUGAUUUGAACUUUAGUUUCAAGCUGAAUUCAUCUCAUAUUUGCACUAUGAUCUUAAGGGGAGCUAUUUUAAACUCCCUUGGGAAACUGCCUCCUCCGAAGAAAAAUAAAGAUCAUGAAAAGGCAUCUAAUAUUUCCUGGGAAAGUAGGAAUUUCUUUGAUGUGGAAGAUUUUUAUAGUCCAAAAAUUCCUUCAUUCUAUGAUAAAUACCUCUGGUCUCUAAAUGUUUUUCACACCGUAACUGAAAUAGACCUGUUUGAUGGAGCUAGAUUCCUCUCCAACUCCAUUAGCAAAAACAAAGAACAAAACCUGAGGAGACCAUUUAAAUGUGGCUCUCUGACAGUGUACUCCGACAACAUUUCCUUAUUAAGGCGAAAGAUGUACUCACGGCAAAGCGUGGCAUCAGUCACUGGAAUUAAUGGAAAGAAUCGCUCCAGUUUAUCUUCAGCACCUGGUACCGGUAGUGAAAAUUUAAAGAAAACUGUGGCAAAAAGAUCAAGUUCAUUUACAGGCUGGAAUGCAUGA